AUGUCUCAGCAGGGUCGACGUAAUAAGGGUCCCAUCGGCGGUCUGUUAAGCCUCGUAGGCUCAGGCAUUGGCAUGGCUUCUGAGUAUCGAGAGCACCGGAAAGAGCAGAAGCAGGCACGCACUGCAUCUCAGGAACAGAGCGUUUCGACCGAGGCCAGCUCAUCGCGUGCUCGAGAAGGGCAGGCUCGUGGCGAGCAAGGACCACCUCCAGCCUACGAUGACUCGACAACACCAAGGGACGCUCAUCUCUCUGACGAAAAGGAUCCAGCACUGUUCGGAGACCACGAGAACGACUCUGACAGCAGCGACAUGGACUCUGUAGCGGAUGAUAUCGAAGAUUGGGAGCUCGACGAUGCUCUUGAUCCAACAGACAGCAAAGGUUUACCCACCUAUGAUGAGUCAGAGGCCGCCAACGAAAAUGAAACCGUGGACGAUCUUGUGCGAGAUGUGUGGGUCCAAACCGCCCGGCGCUCACGACCACACCAAGCGCCAUUGCCAGUACCUGUCAUUCUUCCACAACGUCGACCAAGAAAGAAGGCUCGAGGCUUCGUCCGUGCUUAUCCUCCAGUACUGAACGACUGCGGCAUCGACCAAGACACUUUUCUACGAUUCCUCAAGAACUUCCACAAGUCAUCCCAAGCAUCGCCAGUCUUCCCAGCCAUCAAGAUCGCCGCUGGUAUGGCAGGCAUGGCGCCAUCAGUCAUCGCCAUGGCGGUGUGCACGGCUGUACAAGUCGCAGCAGGAAUUGGCGAAGAAGCUCAGCGACGCUCACGAACGAACAACUUCCUGGACCGUAUGAAUGGGGAGCUGUUCAAGCCUGCUGGACUUUACGCCAUGAUUGUGAAGUACAAAUCAGACGCCGACAUGCAAGCUGCCGCCGCCAGAAAGCAAGACUUGAUCGGUGGCUUGGCGAGCAUGGUCAAGUCUGAGCCUGUGGACUUCUCAACCACCCAGACUAUCGCCAAGUAUACCCGCCUUCCGUCUGACGACGGCGGAGAACGAAGUAUGAAAGACCGCAUGAAGGGUCUGCGUCUUGCAAGUGACACCACAAAGGGCACUUUCGAGCUCCCCGAAUCAGCUCCUCUCAUCUUCCCCGGCAAUGACCAGAAGCUGGAACACGAAGGUCCCGAAACCUUCAAAGACAAGACCAAAGAUGCAAAGAAGUUCCUCGCGGACUACUUCGACCGUCGAGCACAAGUACAGUACGCCACUCAAGAUCCCAAGUCCUCCCUCGCCGUCCCAGAAUCACAGCGAGGCUUCAAAUCCAGCUUGUCUGACCCAAACCAUCCCAUGCACUCCGGCGGCUUCGUUGCUUUCCUAUCAGGUGGCAAGAUCACACCCAUGCAAGCUAAGCGUGAACGACGCAUGGAGCGGAACCUGGACCGGGAUGUUCGACGCAUUGAACGUGGUCGCGAACCACGAAAUCGCAGACGCUACGGGGAUGACUAUCACGAAGAAGUCGCUCAUAGGAGUGGUUGCCGCUUUGGACUUGGUGUAGAUCUUGCUCAGCGUAAUCCCGCUUUAGCUGGGCGAUCUUUCGGCUUGACUUCGGGUCCCAUGGCGCAUCCUCCUGGGAUGGGGAGGAGGGAGGAUGUAUACAGUGCGAGACGAGGACUGGACGAUGGAAUGCUUCGAUAUGCUAUGCGCGGAGCUCAGAGGCGCGAGGGAGGCGUAGGUGCAGUGAAGAGGAUCAUGAGGGAGGAUGUGCUGUAUUUGUUGAUUGUGAAUAUGCCGAAUGAGGAGGAUCUGGCGCAGGCGAGAGAAGAGAUGGCUGCAGCACGAUAG